AUGGCCGGGGCGAUUGCGUUGGACACAGCCUUUGCCUUUGGAGCUUUAAGUGCCUGGUCUGACUAUCUGAUGACAGGCCCGGAGGUGGUGUACGACCGCUUCUUCGAGGGAGCUCGCCACGCGCUUAUUGAAGUUGAUGCAGCUGUAUGUGGCCGCGAUCGGGCCCUCAUUCGGCCUUUGUUGGACCUGCUGACGGGCAUCAAAGUGGGGUCGGACGAGCCAGCGAUGUCUAGGCCCCUAGGACCAGUGGCUUUGGCGGUGGUUCGCAUCACCGAGCUGGUCGCGGAGUUCCAGGGGCGCGCCAUGGCUCAAGAGCUUUGGGAGAGACUGCGCAGCACGGGUCUGCAAGACCUUGCCCCCGUCCUGUUCGAACAUGGAGUUCGGGAGCUGAGGGACAUUAUGCUGAAUGCGGGCUCCCUUCUGCUCAGUGGGGUUGAAUCCUGGAAACUGGAGGCCGUGGUGCGGGGCAGGUUGGAGACGGCGUUGGCUCUCCCGCCUGGCCGCUCUGACCAUCCGGUCGCGGAAGUGCGCCAGAAGGCGUCCUGGGCGGCAGCCCUGGAGGCUCUGCAGGCGGCGGUUUUGGCUGCGACGACGCGGACGCUGGCUUUGCCGAUUGUCGAGGAGACCCGCUUCAUCAUUCGGGACACGGCCUUGCGCGACCUGGUGCGGCUCGAGGAAGCGCUGCGAGCUUUUGAUGAACGGGACAUGGCAGCGGCAGUGGAUUUGUGCAUUAUAUGCACUUGGUAUAUGCUGAGGGAGAUAGAAAUAUCCAACGCCGCUGUGCACUUGCUAUUGCCUGUGACCAAGACCGAGUCUCAGGGGUGCCUCACCGUCCGCACGUAUAUUUGCGUGUGCCGUGCGAAGUCAGAGCCCUUGUGUCCUUUUCACGCAGCAAGGCGGCACAUCGAGAGGCUGCGGUUGGCUGGCGUGGAUGGCUCCGAGACGCACUUCCUCUUUCCAGGUUCAGACGGCCAGCCGCUGAAGAAGUACCAGGUGGUGCAGCUCAUCGAGCGGGUGCUGCAGGCCGCUGGGGUGGAGACCACAAGGGCGGACGAAGCUGGGCGGCAGAUACCGCGCUUUGGCGGUCACACGCUGCGGGUCAGCGGGGGCGAUGGUGUUCAAGGUCCACAGCUCGCUCCGCUCCUUAGACUUCCUCAGAACGUCCGAGCGGCGGCGGCGACAGGAGCGCUGCCAGCGCCGACGUUGGCGCGGGAUUCUGCAGUCAUGGUCUUGAGCGACGAGGAGCCUUCGACACCGCCGGCACGGCGCCGUCGCCGGAGGCGCGCACAGCCGGAGCCGCUCCAGCCUUUGCCCAUCGAAGACUCGCAGCCGCCGCCGCAGGAGCUGGUAGCGGGAGUGACUCUGGACCAGGUCAGGGCGGAGAUAGCCAAAGCCAUUCCACCCCACAAUGAAGUGUGCCGUUGGCGCACAACAUGUGGCUGGGGCUAUGGCUGGAGCAGCUACUACAGAGUGCAGGCCGACAGCUUGCGCCCUGAACUGCGCCGAUGCCGGCGAUGCUUCCCAGACGAGGCGCGGCCUGACGAGCAGCAGCAGCUCUGGAUCCUCCAGCUCGUGAGCCGGCUCGAGUGGUUCUUCUUUCCGGGGCGCAGCG